CGCCGCGGCUCCGUGCCCUGCGUGCGUGUGUGUGAGAGGAGCGGGCGGGCCGGCGGUAUAUAGAGGAUGUGCCGCCGCAUGGCUCGCCCCGGCCGCUGCCGCGCCAGCUCCUUGGGCCAGCGCCAGUGAAGCCUCUCGCCCUCGCCGCUUGGGCAGCUGCCUCCUUGCCCGCUUCAGGCGCCUCUGCCGGCCUCUCUCCCGGGUUUCCGGCGCCCCGGAGUCCCUCCUGCAGCGGCCGCUUCCCGCGGCUCCUCCGCGCCGGGGCAGAGCGAGCGCGUCCAUGCGGUGCAGAUGGCCGGGGCACAGCCAGGGGUGCACGCUCUGCAGCUCAAGCCCGUCUGCGUCUCCGAAACCCUCAAGAAAGGCGUCAAAUUCGUCAAGUGGGACGAUGACUCCACUGUUGUGACUCCAAUUAUCCUCAGAACAGACCCACAGGGAUUUUUCUUCUACUGGACAGAUCAAAACAAGGAGACUGAGCUGCUGGAUAUCAGCCUUGUCAAAGAUGCCAGAUGCGGAAAACAUGCCAGAGCUCCCAAGGAUCCGAAGCUGCGCGAGCUGCUGGAUGCUGGGAACGCAGGAGGUCGGCUGGAAAAUCGGAUGAUAACUGUUGUGUAUGGCCCAGACCUGGUCAAUAUAUCCUACUUGAACCUGGUGGCAUUCCAAGAUGAUAUAGCAAAGGAAUGGUCAGAUGAAGUGUUCAGUUUGGCAACAAAUUUGUUGGCACAGAACAUGUCAAGGGACGCGUUUCUGGAAAAAGCCUACACAAAACUCAAGCUGCAGGUGACUCCAGAGGGGCGCAUUCCUCUGAAGAACAUAUACCGCUUGUUCUCCUCCGACAGAAAACGGGUAGAGACUGCGUUAGAAGCCUGUAACCUUCCUUCUUCCAGGAAUGAUUCAAUCCCUCAAGACGACUUCACGCCAGAAGUGUACAGAGUGUUCUUAAACAACCUCUGCCCUCGGCCUGAGAUCGACCACAUCUUUUCCGAGUUUGGUGCCAAGAGCAAACCCUACCUUACUGUGGAUCAGAUGAUGGACUUCAUAAAUUUGAAGCAACGGGAUCCACGAUUAAAUGAGAUCCUUUAUCCACCACUCAAACAAGAACAAGUUCAAGUGCUGAUUGAGAAGUACGAACCCAACAGCAACCUAGCAAAGAAAGGACAGAUAUCCGUGGAUGGAUUUAUGCGGUAUCUGAGUGGAGAAGAGAACGGUGUCGUUCCACCUGAGAAACUGGAUUUAAAUGAAGAUAUGUCUCAACCACUGUCACACUAUUUCAUCAACUCCUCACACAACACCUACCUCACAGCUGGACAGCUGGCUGGCAACUCCUCGGUGGAGAUGUACCGGCAAGUGCUCCUGUCGGGCUGCCGCUGUGUGGAGCUGGACUGCUGGAAGGGACGCACAGCAGAGGAGGAGCCGGUCAUCACACAUGGGUUCACCAUGACAACUGAGAUAUCCUUCAAGGAAGUAAUAGAAGCUAUUGCUGAAUGUGCAUUUAAGACAUCACCCUUUCCAAUCCUCCUUUCCUUUGAAAAUCAUGUGGAUUCCCCUAAACAACAGGCAAAAAUGGCAGAAUACUGCAGAUUAAUAUUUGGAGAUGCACUGCUUAUGGAUCCAUUGGAAAAAUACCCGCUGGAAGCUGGGGUUCCUCUCCCAAGCCCUAUGGAUUUAAUGUACAAAAUCCUGGUGAAGAAUAAGAAGAAGUCUCACAAGUCAGCAGAUGGGAGUGCAAAGAAGAAGCUCUCGGAGCAAGCUUCCAACACUUGCAGUGAUACAUCCAGUAUGUUUGAGCCUUCCUCUCCCGGAGCAGGAGAAGCAGAGAUGGAGAGCGACGAUGAUGAUGACUACGAUGAUGACUGUAAGAAGUCGUCGAUGGAUGAAGGUACUGCUGGAAGUGAGGCCAUGGCCACGGAAGAGAUGUCUAACCUGGUAAACUACAUUCAGCCUGUGAAGUUCGAGUCAUUUGAAGUAUCAAAAAAACGCAACAAAAGCUUUGAAAUGUCUUCCUUUGUGGAAACCAAAGGGCUUGAGCAACUUACAAAGUCUCCUGUGGAAUUUGUGGAAUACAACAAAAUGCAGCUGAGCCGGAUUUACCCAAAGGGAACACGAGUAGACUCUUCCAACUACAUGCCACAAGUCUUUUGGAAUGCUGGCUGCCAGAUGGUUGCCCUCAACUUCCAAACCGUAGAUUUGUCUAUGCAAAUAAACAUGGGAAUGUACGAAUACAAUGGCAAAAGUGGAUACAGGUUAAAGCCAGAAUUCAUGAGAAGGCCAGACAAGCACUUUGAUCCAUUUACUGAAGGAAUAGUGGAUGGAAUAGUAGCCAACACUUUGUCUGUCAAGAUAAUUUCAGGUCAGUUCCUUUCUGAUAAAAAAGUUGGUACCUAUGUGGAAGUGGACAUGUUUGGCCUGCCUGUGGAUACCAGGAGGAAAGCUCUGAAGACCAAGACCUCUCAAGGCAAUGCGGUGAAUCCAGUCUGGGAAGAGGAAGCCAUAGUGUUUAAGAAGGUGGUUUUACCUUCCCUGGCCUGUUUGAGGUUAGCAGUGUAUGAAGAAGGAGGGAAAUUCAUCGGCCAUCGGAUAUUGCCGGUCUCAGCAAUUCGACCAGGCUAUCACUACAUCUGCUUGAGGAAUGAGAGGAACCAGCCUUUGACACUGCCAGCUCUCUUUGUGUACAUAGAGGUCAAAGACUACGUACCUGACACUUACGCAGAUGUGAUUGAGGCCUUAUCCAAUCCAAUCAGAUAUGUAAACUUGAUGGAGCAGAGAGCUAAGCAGCUGGCUGCACUGACUCUGGAAGAUGAGGAAGAGGUCAAGAAAGAGAUUGACCACGGGGAUGCACCAUCUGAAGCUAACAAUGAACCCAGGCCAACACCAGCAGAAAAUGGGGUAAAUUUCACUGCCUCCCUCACACCGAAACCAGCAACUCAGGUUGUCCACAGCCAGCCAGCACCAGGUUCGGUGAAAGCACCUGCAAAGACAGAAGAUCUUAUCCAGAGUGUCCUCACAGAAGUGGAAGCACAGACCAUUGAGGAGCUAAAACAACAGAAGGCCUUUGUGAAACUUCAAAAGAAGCACUACAAGGAAAUGAAGGACCUGGUGAAGAGACACCACAAGAAAACCACCGACCUUAUCAAAGAGCACACGGCAAAGUACAACGAGAUCCAGAACGACUACCUGCGGCGGAGGGCGGUGCUAGAGAAAACUGCAAAAAGGGACAGCAAGAAAAGGUCUGAGACGAGCAGCCCCGAUCACAGUUCUUCCACCAUUGAGCAGGAAUUGGCUGCACUCGACUCCGAGAUGACCCAGAAGCUCGUGGAGCUGAAGGAGAAGCAGCAGCAGCAGCUGCUGAACCUCAGGCAGGAGCAGUAUUACAGUGAGAAGUACCAGAAACGGGAGCACAUCAAGCUGCUAAUUCAGAAGCUGACAGAUGUAGCAGAGGAGUGUCAGAACAACCAGCUAAAGAAACUGAAAGAAACAUGUGAAAAAGAAAAGAAAGAACUGAAGAAAAAAAUGGACAAGAAGAGGCAGGAGAAGAUCACAGAAGCAAAGUCCAAGGAUAAAAAUCAAAUGGAAGAGGAGAAGACGGAAAUGAUCCGGUCCUACAUCCAGGAGGUGGUGCAGUACAUAAAGAGGCUAGAAGAUGCUCAGAGUAAAAGGCAGGAGAAACUUGUAGAAAAACACAAGGAGAUCCGUCAGCAAAUAUUGGAUGAAAAGCCUAAGUUGCAGGUGGAACUUGAUCAGGAAUAUCAAGACAAAUUCAAAAGACUGCCUUUGGAAAUUCUGGAGUUCGUACAGGAAGCCAUGAAAGGGAAAAUCAGUGAAGAUGGAGACCACAGUUCUGCCCCCUCUUCCCUGGCAUCUGACAGUGGAAAAUCAAAUCAUAAACCUCCACAAAGUGAAGAGGAAUUGGAAGAAGAUAAUCAAGAAAAAGUGUUUGAUACUACUUUUUAACUGCCCAAGAAACAAUCAGUGCGCCAGGGCGCACCAUUCCCAACUGCCCAUCUCUGCUCUCCCGGGGUCAGCUGCCACCGGAGCACUUCGGGAGGCAGGAGGAAUCUGCAUUCAAGUGCACAUUUCCCCAAAGGAGCAUUUUAUAAAAAGUAUUCUGCAAAGGUCUUCAUUCUCAUUCUUCAUCUGAUUAUUAUUCUAAAGCUUAGUGCAGUUGUAAUGGGAAAAUUAAUACCUUACCCUCCCUCUUCUCUUUAUUUUUCUUUUUUUGGGUUUUUUGUUUUUUUUUUUUUUUUUUUUUUGGUUUUUUUUUGUUUUGUUUUGUUUUGUUUUGUUUUGGGUUUUUUUUUGGUUUGGUUUGGUUUGGUUUUUUUUUUUGCCAAUUUACAAUGGGUAAUUUUCUGGCCAUGUUCACUGUUAAGAAUGUUUAAUGAAGACCAGUGUAUUGUACAGAGACAAAUGUGUGCAGAUUCCCUUUUGGAGUGCCAGUGCAAAGUGCUCCAAACUUAUAGAGAUCCUGGCGAAUAUUACCACAGUACUUACUCAUAUUUUGUUUCCUUCUUUAUAACUGCACCUUGACAGCUGUACCAUCCUUUUACAUUUGCACUGAAACAUUGGAUCCUUUUUAGCUCCGCAAGCACUGGUGGCUUGCUGUCUUGAAAUUAUGUUUAUCACAUGGAGAGACAUAUAUUUGCUGCUGAAACUUCUUGGAACUGUGGGGACGAGAGGAAAACGGAGCGAAGAAUCCGCGUGGAGGUUGUCGGUGUCUGUGUACGUCUGUGUCUGUUACGCCGUGUGAGUGCAUAUAUGUUUGUAUAUAUAUAUAUAGCUAUAUGUGCACACACAUCUGUCCAUAUACACACACAGCAUGCUUCUAUUUGAAGUUGAUGUGGUCUCUUGGCCAAAUGGAAUGUUUCAGGGAUCCGUGAGUAGAGAGAAUCUUUCCGAGAGCUAACAUCUGGGUUUUACUGCUAUAGAAUAAUCAUGGAAUCAUAGAAUUCUUUUUGUGGUGUUAGUGUUGUAAAUCAAAGUAGUUUUAGAAUAUAAAUUUGAUAUAUAUUUUGCAGACUCGAAAGUAUUGAUUUUAAGUAUCAUAUUUUAAUCUUACUGAAUUUGAUAGGAUUAUAAAAUGCUUAGGACUACAGUAUUUGAAAUCUAACAGAAUCUUCCAUUAUUGUUAAGACUGAUGUUCAGUUUUACUAAGGUCUAAAAUUUAAAAGCGAAGUAUAAAAACCUGACCACUGUUAUUUAAAAAUGUGUAUGAAUCUGUUUAACUGACUUGUUAAAGUAAGAACAAUCAAAGUUAGUGUACUGUAUGAUAUGCAUGAGAGAAGUAACAGCACAUUCUGAGAAAUUUCUAUCAGACGACAGAGAGACGUUGUGAAAGUCAGGAUAUUUGAAAAGGUAAAGACAUGCUGUUCUCUGGAUUCCCAUCCCAACAGAAAUAGGAGUUAUGAAACAUCUCAGAUUCGGAUUCGUACUGGGGCCAGUGCACGAUCCUUCCCUCGGCCGUUGGUGGAGGUGCCUUAGGGCAAAGGAGAGACCAGCUCAGGAGCCCCAGAUUGGCCUCAAGACACUUGAUCCUGCAAAGUUGUGUUUUCCUGCACCGCUGGGCUCAGGAGCUGGGCUGGGAGUAACAUUCACAUUCACAUUUGCAAGAUCGGGGCCUUACUUAGCAUUAAACAGCAAUCGGAGAAAGCAAUCAGUUAAGAGGGAGGCAUCUUAACACAUCGUUAACAGUUACCUUACUUCCAUUCCCUCAGGAUUUUAGUACUUAAAGUAACUUAUUUUAUUUAAAUUUAAGCAAUAAAAUACAAACCAAGGUUAAGUUUUCAGUUAAAUAAUGGUGUAUAUAUAUAUAAGUUCAAAUCUUGGAAAACAAGCAGUAUUUUGAUGUUUCCUUUUUAAACUUAGAGCAGAAAGAAAGAAAAAUUGCACACUGUUUGGAGAUCAUAUUUUGAAUUAAACUGUUCUAGUUUAUGAUGAUGAAAUCAGUGCACAUGAAAUUCAAAAAUCUGACUUUCAUCUUAACGCUAGGAAAGGUGACUCCUCUGCUAAUCCUAGUUUUGCACUUUGAAAUCAAUCUUAAUCACUCAUUGAAAAUGUAGAGUCGAGAUUUAAUGCUGCAUUUUAUAAAGUUAAAAUGACGUAUUGUCUAAAUUAUUACGGGAAUAAACUGAUAGCAGUGUUCAUGCUAAAACUGAAACUAUUGCAUUACAGAAACCGUUGUACAGUGCAGUCUUUUUGGUAAAAUCGUGGCUCCUCUGAAUCUCAGUGCGACGUUCCUGUGGACUUCAGGGGAGCCAGGACUUCGCCACAGUCUUCAAAGAAACUUGGGCAAAUAAAUACUAAUUAACCUUUUAUUUAUAUUUAAUAAGAAAUAAAUAUACUGGUUGGGUUAAAUAUACUAUCAGCUGUAGUCAUUUUACAGUACGUUUGUAUUUGACCAUUUCCUGUCCUCACAUUUUUUUAUAUCUGUACAGUGCCACUUUCUGCAGGUGUAAGGUAGUGUGUAACCCUGUACAUCUUGCAUCGUUCAAACUAUUUCAGUGAAACCGUUAUCAUUUAAUAUUGAUAUUACUUGAACUAGAGUAAGAUAAUGAAAAAAGGGUCUUUAUGAUGUGCAAGUCUUGUGCCUUUUAUGUAUUUGCCUUGUUCCGUGUUGAAUGUGUGGAAAUGCUGUAUUGUGGACUUUCUGCUGUAUAGAAUAGAGCUGUCUAUAUUAAACUAGGUUGUGCACUUCAGAUAUCUUUACACUACUGAAAAUAGCUUGGUUUUGGCAGUAUAAGCAGAAUUUUAAAAAUUCUAAUGAAGGCCAGACAUUUUAGAUUUAACAUGUUCAUAAUUAUGUUAAUUAAUGCUCAUGUAUUAGCUAAACAUUCACUGACAGAUAACUAAAGGGACAUCAUUGCUUGCCUUUCUUUGAAAUCAGUGUUGCUCUUGUACAUUGUAUUAAUAGUGUCUGUGAUUGAUUAGUCCUUGAUGAUUUGCUUUCAGAGUAAAGGAUGAAAUAUUCCAGUUAACAUGUACAUAUUUUUUCGGUUCCUCAAUCUAUGAUUGUUUCAGAGGCAUAAUUCACAUUUUUGUAAAAAUUCUAUGCAAUUUUGUGGCAUGAUGUUUCUUCCACUUGUAAUUUUAUGUGCUUACAUUACAGAUCCAAAGGACAAAUAAAAAUUUCUUAACACAA